AUGGUAUCGGGUGUCCUCCUCCCUUCACUUCAGAAAACAGGCCACCUUUUAGACUUCCUCCCUUGGCGGCGAGGAAGCGUAGAGCCCCCUGGUCUGGCUGAGAGCUUACGUAAGGCCAACCGGCGGCUGCGCCCGGGUCUCCCAAGGGUGUGCGCCGAGCCCCCGGCCCGGGAGGGCCUCCCUCCGGCCUUCUCCCCUCGCCGCUCCGCGGAGGACCGCCGGGGAAGCCGGAGACCACCGGCCCCGCGCCAACGGCGUCCGCGUUUGGGAGGGGGCGUCCUCCCGCAGCCACCCAGCUUCCCGGGGGAGGAGCAGCGCAUCGCGCAAGCAUCCGGGAGCGGCGGAGGGGGCGGGAGGAAGGGCGAGAGGAGGAAGCGGGAUUUAAACGAAAGGCGUUUCUCCCGGCUCGCUCGGAAGUUGGAGGUUGACAAAAAUGGCAGGAGCCGGGGCCCGGGCGGGUUGCCGCAGCGCCGCGGGGACCUUCUGAGUUGGCUGGGCCGCCUGGGAGACGCGCGCGGCUGCGUCCGAUGCACAGGGCCCGGGGUCUCGGGAGAGCUCAGCCGCAGCGGGCCCGAGGCGAGGAGGCGACGGGGAUGGACUCGCGCCGACAGCCAGCGGCGGGCCGCGAGGCGCGCGGUCCGGGAGGGCGUGCCGCCUCGGCGCCGGGCCGCCCUCUGUGAACCGGCGAGGCGGGAAGGGGCCGCUGCGGCGCCCGGCACGCCCGGGCGUGGCAGGCGGGCGAGAGCGCGAGCGGGGCGGCCGCUGUGCGCAAUCAGUGCAGGCUCCCGCCCGACUCUGACUCGGCCGCGCCAGCACCGGCCACACCCUCGGCCCUGCCGCCGCCGCCGGCGCCGCUUCCCGAGAGCGGGAGGCAGGAGAUGCGCCCGGGGCAGCCCCGCGUCCUACAGCGCCAGUCCCGGCCACCGUCGCGGGGAAGUGCCGCCUGGCGGGGUCUGGACGCCUGAAGCCCACCUCCGGCGGUCGGGCCGGGCCAUGCCCAGGAAGGCGGCGGCGGCGGCAGCCCAGCAGAAGGGACUUUCCUGGCAGCCCGGCGACGAGGAGAGCGGUCUGGCCCGCUCCGCGCCGCCCGGGCUCCGGCCGCCGCAGCCCAGUGCCCUCUGCCCGCGGCGGUGGAUGGCAUGA